AGUAAGGGCCGUGUAGCGGCCCGGGAUUACGAGGUAGCGGUCCAGCAACUUAUCAAGUAUGCAAUCAGCCAUUUUUGUGUGCGGCUCGCAUCCGAGUAUGCCUAUCCGGAUCGAAUGACUCAGGUAUUGUGGGCGAAGGAGGCCUGGAAGGAGGCAUGCAACCAUUAUGAGAUAGAGAUUGGUUUUAAUGGAGAGAUUAUACAAAUGAUUACGCGGCGCACAUCGCAUCUCACGAGUGAGGUGAAAGGGAAGGUUCGCCCACUUGUUGAGAGUAUUUACGGUUUCGAGUCCACCAAUCGGGAGUCCAUCAAGUCUAGGAAUCGCAAACUCGCCCGUCAGCUCAAGGAUAAAUUUGGGAUGUGUUACCGGGUGCGUUCUCAUAUCUCGAGUCAUGUUUUCGGUCUAUUUCGUACAAGGUUAAAUCAGCAAGCAGCAAAUUUAGUUUGGUACCGCAACAAGAAGGAUGAUGGAGUCGUGUUCGAGGACGUUUUUUCUCCAUUUCCGAUACCUGCAUUGGCCUUGGUGUACACCGCAGCUGAAUGCUGCAUCGAUGAAUGGUAUGACGGCGAACGCACGGAUAUCAGCUUUUCGAGCGGUGAAUACAAGGAAGCUUAUGAUCGACAUCUCACGAACCUCAAAAAAUUUCACGAUCGAACGAAGGAUCAUGGGAUACUCAAUAGUAUCCUCACGGAACUCAACAACAAUGGCAGGUUGCAUGCAAAGGUGGAUCCGAUCAAUGUUGGAGACGAAGAGUGUUUGUCCGACGACGAGAUCAACAAAGCAAUCCGUGAAUAUCAACAG